AACAGUUCCAGAGCUCGAAGGCUCAUGGGAGCACCAGGUCCAGGAGGCACGAGGCUAUGCACAGGACCAGGAGACUUUGACAGGGCCAAAGCACCAUGGAGAGUGGACAGAGAGUGCCCCGGAAGGCCCGGAAGCUGGGCUCCAGCCGCCGGUGGCAGACACGAGAGCCAGCUGAUGGCCAGGAUGCUGCUGUGGCCCCAGAGCCAGAAUCCUGGUCCUUCCAAGCAGCUGUAGAACUACAGGACUUCUUCCAGGACUGCGGUGCCAAGCAGAGGGGCUUUGUUACCCGUGAAGACAUGGCGGCGGCAAAGUUCAGCUUCCUGGGCAGCGAACAGGAGCCGGAGAUGAUCUUCGACUGGGUUGAUGUGGAGCGGAAGGGACACCUCUCCCUUGAAGAAUUCAGCUCUGGGCUCAAGAGCAUCUUUGGCUCCAGCCCGAGCACCCACAGGCUCCGCAGAAGGAGGCCACUGACCUCCAAGCGGGUAUCUGCAGCUGCCAGCUUCCCAGCAAUGGAGGAGGCCAACACCGAGGAGAAGGAGGCGUUCCUUGCCUUAAUGGAGAAGCUGGGGGCCAACCACUUACUUCCCGAGCAAGCGGAAAUCUGGCAGCUGUGGAGGAAGCUGAGGCAGGAGGAGCCCCACCUGGCGGGCAACCUGGAGGGCUUUCUGGCCAAGAUGACCAGUCGUCUGCAAGAGGUGCGGGCUGACAAGGAGGCUCUGGAGCUGACCCUGAGGAAGCGUGACUCUGAACACCACCACGAGGUCCAGGAGCUCUACGAGGAGAUGGAACAGCAGAUUCGCCGGGAGAAGCAGCAGCUGCAGGCUGAGAGCGACUCCCGGGACCUGGCCCUCAGCUCGCAGAUGCAAGAGGUCCUGGAGGCCAAGGAGCAUGAGGUGCAGCAGCUGGCUAAGGGCCAGAGGGAGCUGGAGGCCCAGCUCCAUCAUCUCAGUAGCACCCACCAGGAGGCCAACUCAGAGAACCAGCAGCUUCGGGAGGCUGAGCAAGACCUGGCUGGGCGGCUGGAGGAGGUGCGGGAACAGCUGCAGGUGACCAGGGAUCACCUGGAAGCUGCCAAGGGCCGAGUGUCAUGGCAGGUGGAGGACGAGGAACCAAGUGCCCCCAGAGCAGUGGAAGAGAAGGCCCCAGCUCCCCAGGCCAUCGCCCCUGAGGAAACAUCCCUGCCCAGACUAUUCGGGGACAGUGACAGCUGGGACCAGCUCCUGAGCUUUAGCAGCCCCCCACUCAGACCCCUGCAGUUCUCCUGGAGCCCGCCCCCUACUCCGAGAGGCCCGUCAGUCCCCCAGACCCCCCGUGUGAUCAGGCAGAUCUCCAUUUCAGAGUCACACCCUCUGCCGUUUGAUCAGGAGCCAUCUUCGGAGCCAGAUGGGGCUCCAAGGAGUCCGCCUGGGGUGACUUCCAGGGCCAAGAAAGGGACAGGAGGGGACCCAGAUAGGCAGGACAUCAGUUCAGAGCAGCCUGUGGAGCCUCCUGGCCUGGAAGCUAAGGACGAGCCAAGGCCUCACCCUGAGGCCCACUUCCGCUGGGAUCUUCUGGGGGUCCCAGAUGGGCAGUCAGGGGGCCUGGUGGCAGCCGCACUCGAAGUGCUCGCUCCUUUGGAAGAUAGGUCCCCUCCUCAGGUGGAACCUCCUGCUCCCCAGGCCCCAGCUGGGUCCAGUAAAUUGUUCCAGGCCAUAGACCCAGAUGACAAAGGCCCUGGGCCUGGACCUGCCCCAGUCAAACCGCUCAGGCAGAGAGAGGCCCUCCGUCAAGACCCACACACCACAGGCUCUGAGCCAGGGUUGGGGUCCCCAGGGGCUGGGACCCUGACACUGGGUCCAGCUGAGCCCUCCCAGGGUCUGGAGACUGUGGCUUCCACAGAGGGGCUGGAGCCAGGCAAGCCGGGCCCAGAUGAGCAGGGGGGCCACCCUGGGAGACUAAGAGGGGCUCACAUCCAGAUCCUCAGGCCAGGUGGGCCGCCCACCCUCCACCACCAGAAUCUGGAAGAGGAGUCCUGGGCUGAGGAAGGAAAACAAGAGGACCAAGGCGGGCAGGACAUGGGUUCAGAGCAGUCAGUUGAGGCUCAGGGCCUGGAAGCUGAGCAUUCAGAACACUCCCUGCAAGAUGUUCUGCCUGCUACUCCCCCACACGGCCUACCCCAGCCUCAGGCUGAAGCAGAGGCCACUGCUCCUGGGAAACCAUCAGCUCUAGGCAGCCCUUUCCCCAUGGGGGCUCAGCCUGAUGAUGGAGCAGGGCCCCAGGAGCCCACACAAACCCUCCCUAUCACAGCUGAGCUGGAAGCCCAAUCCAGGCCCCCACCCACAGCUGCUCAAGCUGAAGGAGAGCAAGGCGCCCCUCAAUCCAGGGAGCCAAGGGCAGAGAGCAGGCCUGAAGACCCAGGAACAGACUCUCGGGAGGCUGGGCGGUCCCCAUUCCCAGGGGACCUCCCGGCCAACGAGCCUCCGGCUGACCCUGAUUACAUCUUCCAUGUCAUCUUCCUGGGGGACUCGAAUGUGGGUAAAACCUCCUUCCUGUACCUGCUGCACCAAAACUCCUUCGCCACUGCGCUGACAGCUACCGUGGGAGUGGAUUUUCGGGUCAAAAGCCUGCUGGUGGACAACAAGCACUUUGCGCUGCAGCUCUGGGACACAGCUGGCCAGGAGAGGUACCACAGUAUAACGCGGCAGCUACUCCGCAAGGCUGAUGGGGUGGUGCUCAUGUACGACGUCACCAACUAUGAGAGCUUCGCCCAUGUGCGCUACUGGCUGGACUGUCUCCAGGACGCAGGGUCUGACAAGGUGGUCAUCCUUCUCCUGGGAAACAAGAUGGACUGUGAGGAGGAACGGCAGGUGCCCACUGAGGUCGGGCGGCAACUGGCCAAGGAGCUGGGAGUCUCAUUUGGGGAGUGCAGCGCUGCUCUGGGUCACAACAUCCUGGAGCCUGUGGUAAACUUGGCCCGGUCACUCAAGAUGCAAGAAGACCUCCUGAGGUGCUCACUGGUGGAGGUGGUCCCCAAGAAGUCUCCAAAGAGAACUGGCUGCUGCUCCUGACCGCCUGGGCUGUCCAGGGUAGGACGGCCACCCCCCGGGUUUCUUGUCCCUCAGCUCCUGUACUGCCUGCCUGGCCACAGGUGGGGCAGAGAGGACCAGCUGGGAAGUUCAGAAAAAUCCUCGUCAACUCAUG